AUGGAUGGUCAUCUUCCAGUGGGACAAAUCGACAUGAGCGAAGUAGCUGAUCUGCUCUUAGGAGACGAGCCGCACGAUCCGUCCGAAGGCGAUUUAGAGGUGCAGGAGCUAGAGCAGCGCAUGUGGAAGGACCGUCUCAAGCUGCGUCACAUCAAGGACGCGUCGACGGCGGCGGCAUCGGCGGGCGCGGUGGGCGCCGCGUCGUCGGGCGAGAAUGGCGAGUUCGGGAGCCUGAAGUGCCGGCCGGAUUGGGCGGUGGAGGAUGAGGAGGAGGAGGAGGAUCAGCAGCCGCAGAAGCACAGGCCGACUCAGUCGCAGCAAGAUGCGGCGCGGAGGAAGAAAAUGUCGCGCGCGCACGACGGCAUUCUCAAGUACAUGCUGAAGCUGAUGGACGCGUGCAACGCGCAGGGCUUCGUGUACGGAAUUAUCCCGGAAAAAGGCAAGCCCGUCGGCGGCUCCUCCGACAAUCUCCGCAGCUGGUGGAAGGAUGAGGUGCAAUUCGAUCGCAGCGGCCCGGCUGCGGUUGCGAAGUAUAACGAAGAGCAAGCAGCGGCGCAAGCGGGGCGAAUGAUGGUGAUGCAAAUGGAAGCGGCUGCGGCUGCGGGGGGAGGGGUUGACGGAAGCGGUGUGCUGCGGGCGGGUGGUGGGUUGGGCCUGGAGGCGUGCCAUUGGUUGGGCCUGGCGCUCGACAUUGGCGCCACGAACAUGGCCCCCUUCUCUCUCUCCGCAUACGACGGCGGCAAUCGCGGCGGCGGUGACGGAACCGGCAGCUCUGGCGGCAACGGUGUUGGCGGAGGGAGUCCGCUGGACGGGCAGCUGAAGCGCACGUGCUCCGCGCUCGGCUCGUAUGGCGGGAAUCUUAAUCACUCCGCAUCGGCCGGAGGUAUUGAUGCGAGCGGAAACGAGGCAUCUCUUAACGAGGAUACGAGUCUGCCGUGGGGGAACGGGGAUGGCGCAGCGGGGGAUGUUGCGGGGGGCGGAAGCGGCACGGGGAGGGAUUUGGUUCCCGAGCACCGGAUUUUCAAGUGCCCUUAUGAGGGUGUUCCUUCCACUAUGCCCUUCGGCGCCACCAGCAACAGUCCCUCUGGUGCGCCCUCGGGAAUUCCGCCCUGGGCCGUAGACCAUUCCUCUCAGCCUCCCCUCACCUCCGUUCCUCACAUGUCCCUAGGCUCGGGACUAGGCUCGCCACCGCAUGGCUCCGGACCUGCUGCUCCAGGUUCGGUUCCCGGACCUGGGCCCAUGGGUUGGAUGCAGCAGUGGCCCAUGCCUCACCAACAGCAGCACGGCCAAUUCUCCAUGCCGAUGCAGCAUCCUGGAACCUUCGCCCCUGCCACGUCAUCAUAUGCUGGCUACAACAUGGGCAUGGGAAUGGGCAUGGGUGGCUAUCCCAUGAACGUCCCGCCUUACCCUGGUCCGGGGACAGGUUCGGCAGCUGGCUCGGGAAUGGGAGGUGCGGGUUUCAGCCAGCCCUUCAGUCAUACCUCUCCUGCCCUGGGCGUCCAUUCCUCUUCUUCCCCUUACGCCCCGUCUCAUCUUCCCACGUCAGCUGCAGGCGGUGGUGGUUACCCGCUCCUGCAGAUGAUGCCAAACAAUGCUGGCCAGCAACAGCAACAGCAACAGCAGCAGCAGCAGCAGCAACAACAAAUGCUGCCACCCUCUUUGUCUCUUGCCCGGGCAGGGUCAGUGAACAGUAGCGCGGAGGAGAGGGAGAGGGCGGCAGGGGGAGCGGGAGCAGGAGCAGGGUUGGCAGAAGCUGGAGGGGAGGGAGGAGGUGAUUUGGUGGAACGGGCAGUGUAUGGUGGUGGUUCUACUGGGUUCGGCCCGGAGCUAAGAGUUUCUUGUGCUGUGGAGGGCGGCAGCAGGAGUCGUGCAAGUGGCGGCGGGCAGCUGAAAUCUGUGCAGGGGGGGUGGGAUGGAUGGUAG